CGGGCGGCGGGACGGGCGCGCAGAGCCCGCGCGAGGCGGCAGCUGCGCGGAGCCGUCAGCGGAGGGGCCACCGCGGCCCCGACCCCCACCCCGGACACGAUGUGGCGGCGCUGGGAAGCGGGAUGGGACGAGAAGAGGGAACUGCAGGAGCUGAACUCCCGGCUGCGGGUCUUCGUGUCCCGCGUGCGGGAGCUGGAGGAGGAGAACCGCUUUCUGGCGCGGGAGCUGGCGGAGCUGCGGGAGCAGGAGCUGAUCGGGCUCCGGGUGCCCGAGCAGGAGCUGGCCUGGCUGCGGAUGCAGCUGGAGGAGCUGAGUCGGGCGAAGCUGGAAGCGGAGCUGGAGCGGGACGGGCUGCGGCGGGAGCUGGAGCAGCUGCAGCUGCUGGGCGCCGAGGUGCUGGCGAUGCGGCGCCGCCUGCAGCCCGAGCUGGCCGGGCAGCGGGAGCUGCUGGAGCGGCUGCGGGGCGAGUGCGUCGCCCUGGAGGAGCUGCUGCUGCAGCUGCGGGCCGAGCACGGGCACCUGGCGGAACGGCAGCGGCGGGAGGCCGCGGAGAUGCGGGAGCUGCGCAUCAGCCUGGCCGCCUUGCCGCCGCCCUUGGCCGGGCUGAGCCUGGAGGAGCUGGAGGAGACCUAUGAGAUGCUGCUCAGCCAGAGCUGCCGGGAGACCCUGCUGCGCUACCAGGAGCAGAUCCAGGUGCUGCAGGAGCAGGAGGCGCAGCGGAGCCGGGAGGACCUGGAGCUUCUGCGGGCCGAGAGCCGGCAGUGCCGCCAGCACCUGGAGGACCUCCACCGCCAGGGCCGGGAGCUGUGCGGGCUCCGGGAGCGGCUGGAGCAGGAGCUGCUCGCCUUGCAGGACCGCCACGGCGCCGAGGUGGAGGAGUACCAGAGGAUAAUCGACACUCUUGAAGAAGAAAAGCAGUUCCUGACCAAGUCGAUCACAGAUUACCUGAAGGACUAUCAAGAAUUGCUGCAGGUGAAAGCAGGCCUCAUCCUUGAAAUUGAAACCUACAGAGCUUUGUUAGAAGGGGAGAGCAACCAGUGGAUUAUUACACAGAGAGAUCUAUAUACACGGAAAUUGCCUCAAGAUAUUAUAAACACUUCAUAUAACUACACUGAUACAUACUCUACUUAUCAAGAAAGAAAUAGAAAUAAAGCUUCACCAGCUAUCAGGAUCACUGAUACAAAACAUAGAAUGCCCAUGAGAAAUACUAGGGGUUUUGCACAUUAUUCAGCUCGAUCAACACAGACUGGAUCAGACACAACAGCUAGUGGAAGAGCUUUUGGAAAAGAUGUACUUGGUUCAAUAUAUCGCCCUUCAACAACUGUUAUGAAGGAUGAAAGGAUUAUAACAGACCACAAAGAACUAAGAACAUUUAGUCCAGCCUACAGUAGCUGGAAAAACACUGAAAUGCAGCAGAAAAAGAUUCCAGAAAGAAAGAAAACUGAAGUUACAACUUCAUCCACAGUAUCUUUUUCAAAAGAAUCAGCACAUCCUGAAAAAUCAGACAAGGACCACAAGCCCAACACAGAGCCAGGGAUUUCUGAAAAUAUAAGAACAAAACCAAGCUUCACUAGAUUUCCAGCUUAUGAGCUAAAUACCAAUUUUAAACCAUCUAAAUAUGAAGAAAUCAUAACUGAAACUCGGACCACGCUAAAAGAAAAAAGAGGCAGCAGCAAACCAACUGAAGAGAAAAAAUCUCUGCUGAAAGAAAAGGAUAAGCUAGAGAAACAAACAAAGGAGGAGAUAAAGAAAACAGAUGAGAAACCUUUUAUAGAAGAAAGAAGUGUUGAUUUUGGAAGGAAAACUGAGCAGAAAAAAUAUAUCCACGAGGAAGCCAUUAACGAGAAAUUAACAAGGAGUGAUAUUUCUAAUUCAAGGACUUGGAAAAGCGAAUCAACUAAGAAGGAUACAAAUGUGACCUUGGAAUCAAGAGGCAAAGAAGUCAUUGAGAUACCUAUCAGUCUUGAAAUGCCUGCUCCCAGCAAAGAAUCUCAGAGUAAUAAAGAAAUAAGGUUACAAAGUUUUAAAACUUCCAUAGGGAGAGAAAUAGAUGACCAUAUAACUAAGCCUGCUGAAAUUCACAAAGUGAAUAUUUCAGAAGCAGAAUCCAGCCUGAAAAAUGAAGAGCGAAUUAGUGACAGAAGUCGUAAAAUGGGAACUCUAUCAACUGAAAACAUAGCAGAGAACAUUGUUGCUGACAUUCUUAAAAGUUUUACACAGCCUUCUAGUUCACAGAUAUCAACAGACACAAAAGUGACCUAUUUUAAUAAGAAAAAACAACCAGAUGAUGGGAAAAUAAAGACUGAGAUCACAGUGCAAUCUCAAGUUCAAGAAAACAUAGAUAUUUCUGACGAAGCUGGUGUAGGGGGUCUAUCAAACCAGGAUGUUAGAAAAGUAGUUCGAGAGGGUGUUGAGGGAACUCCUUCCAAAGAGGAGAUAGAAGAUAUAGUACAUCAUGGCCUGAAAGGAAAUGAGGGCAGAAAGAAUGUAUCUGUUAAUGUAGAGAUUGUUGAGGAGCCACUAGAUUAUGCUACUGAUGAAAGGACUGAUUUUUCAACACCUUUUGAAGUAGAGGAAGUGGAAGAUACAUACCCUGAGAGAGAGAGACGUUAUGGUGAUGAGGAGGAAACAUUCACAUAUGAAGAUGUUAAAAAGAAGAAACGCCAUGAGAGUUUCACUCAUGUGGAAGAAGUAACUGCGGAAGAUGACUCGCCUAUUGAACAAAAAUAUUUUGUAUCUGUUCCUGAUGAUCACCCUAUUAAUGAAAAAGAUAAUGACUCAGUCUAUGGGCAAAUUCAUAUAGAAGAAGAAUCAACUAUUAAAUAUUCUUGGCAAGAUGAAUUUUUGCAAGGCACACAAACUAAGAGAGAUGAAGGUGUAAGCUCUCCAGAAGAAACAUAUCAAGUGGUAGGGGAGGAAGCAAGUGCACAUAUUUUAAAAGAGCAUCCUGAAGAAACAUCCCAUGUUGAAUCCAUUGUUAUUGAAAAAGAAAUUAAAAUUCCUCAUGAAUUUCAGACUUCAAUAAAAGGGCUUUUAUCAAAGGAAACAGAGGACCCUAAACAUCAAUUGAAGGAAGCUUUGGAGCAGUUGGAGGGCAGUCUCCCAGAAAGUGUCAAAGAGGAGCUGUCUGUAUUAACAAAAGAAACUAAAGCUGACUCUAGUAGCUUAGAAUUUGAUAUCAAAAAAGUUGAUCAAACUGGGGAGGGUGGCUUGGUGACAAUUGUUGCUGAAGUCAAUCUGUCACAGACCCUUAAUACUGAUGAAUUCGAUGUAGCUGAUCUUGAUGAAGUAAUUGCAAGUGAGAAGGAGAAGGCAACAUUGCACUCCCUGAAAAAAGAGAGCUCCAGGAGAGCUGCUGAUGGUAGAAGCAAUAUAGAAGUAGAUGUUUCUUCCUGCAGUGAUAAAUACACUCCUUUGGCUGAUCAAGAAAUCUAUAACUCAUCCACAGUAAGGAGGAGUGGUGGCACAGGGUAUCAUACCACUGAAAAAGUUAUUUAUGGCGGUUCGGUUUUGGAAACUGCAGAUUUUGGAGAAGUCUCUCGCUCAUCACAAUCAACUGAUGAGAGCAAAUCCAUAAGGCAUAUUAAAGUUCAUCCAGCAGAAGUUCAGAGAUUUGAGCAGAUUGCAUAUGAAGGGCCUGGUUCUGAAACCCUGGAGCUCAGUGCUACAGAAGAUCUUGUUCAGGCAGAAGGAUCAUCAGAGUUUAGCCGAUCUGUGAAGCAUUUUAAGCUGGGUCCUAAAGAAAUGCAAACCACAGAAGAAGUAAUUUAUACAGGCCCUAUUACUACAACUGUAGAAGAGACUGAUUCUGGAAAUCUUUCCCAGAAGUUUUCAACAGACUUCAACAGGUCCACAAGACAUGUCACAGUAGGAACAAGGCAAGUAACUGAGGAGGUCUCUUUUGAAGGGCCUGUUUCAGACUCUCUGGAGCUCAAUAGCUUGGGUAACCUUUCUCAGACAGAAGGGUCUGUGGAUGUCAGCAGAUCAGUAAGGCACUUCAGGUUAGGUCCAAAAGAGAUUCAUACUGAGCAAGUUAUCUUUGAAGGACCAGUCUGCAGUAAAGUGGAGGUCAGUGACACUAGAGACUUCGCACAGACAGAAAGUUCAGUCAGCCACAUUCAGUUGGGUCCCCAAGAGUUUAUGACUGCUGAAGAAAUCAUCUACCAUGGACCCACCUCUGAGCACGUUAAAAUAAGCCCUGUAGAAACUCAUGCUGAGCAAAUAAUCUUUACAAGACCUAUUUCUGAAACGCUGGAAGGUCUUUCACAAACAGAAGAGUUGUCUGAGAGCAGCAGGUCUAUAAAGCAUAUUAAAGUAGGAUCCAAGGAAACAUCUUUCACUUUUCAAAUGGAUGUUUCCAAUAUAGGUGGAAUAUCUGUAGUAAAAAGUGGAGAGCAGCAAGCAACAACACUCAUGUCCAAUAAGCAAGACCCUUCUGUUAGUCAGUCACAGACUGUAGUUGAAAGUGACCAGAUUGUAGAAAAUGAAGGAGGAGGCUAUGUUCGCUCCAAUUUUUCUCAAGAUCAUGGUGAAAAGGUAGUGGAAAAAUCAUUUUUUGAUAAAUCUGUGCAGUUGCAAAGAAUGGUAGACCAAAGAUCAGUUAUUUCUGAUGAAAAGAAAGUUGCUCUUCUCUAUCUGGACCAUGAGGAGGAAGAUGAUGAUGAUAAUGAUGGACAGUGGUUCUGAAGGGACUUUUUAAUGAAGUCUACUUAGUGAUUUGUUUAUACAUAUUUUUGAUCAUCCUUUUUCUUUUUUUAAAGAGAAAAAAGGGAUGGGGAAAAGCUCGAAGUAUUUAGAUUAUUAACAGUGGACUGAGAAGUACUGAAUCCAAGACUCUACCUAUUCAGCACACUCUUUAUUGGAGAUUUUAUUUUUGGGAGAAAUCAUGCUUAGAGACCUGUGUCAAAUAAUUUCAGAUUUUUCCACUCAAAGAGACAGGAAUUUGCUAUUGGGGAAUUAAAAGGAUUAUAUUUUUUGUUUGGUUUAUAGCAGGUCCAUUAAUAUGUGUGUUCUUGAAUAGGACUUUACUAUUAUUUUUUUAAAUACUGUAUUGUAUUUGGUUACUAAAAUACUCUGCAAUCCUAUCUAAACCUCAAGCUACUAACCACAAAUAUAACAAUAUAAUAUAACAAUAUAAGACUAACAAGAGUGGUAAGUAGCUAAUUUUCAGUUUUGUUUCUGUGUACUUACAUGGAAUACCUAAUGAAAACAUUUUAAGAUACAGUUAUUACAGCUAUAAAAUAAAUAUGAUUCUGUAGGAUCAAACUAAACAUAGCAAGAAUUGACAAAAAUUAUAUAAUUUGUAUAGCUAGAAUGCAGUGCAAAAAAGACAGAGGUAACACUGAAGCAAGAAUUUCUCACACUAUUCCUAAGGAGAAAUAGUGAUUUUUCUGGUUAGACAGUAGUACAUUUAAUACCUUUCAUAAGAAAACAAAUUUAAAAGAUAUGCUGGAUAGUAUUUCCACUGAAGUAAGAAUUCUUUAUAGCUUCAGUGGCUAUGUACACUAAUAACAUCAACUUACUUUGCAGUAUAUGGGUUACCUUGAUACUAGGUAUUGUUAAAGGUAAGUGUGAAGUGUCAAACAUUAUUACACGAUGCCUAAUUUCUUAACACAGUGAAAUUAAUAUGUGUUCUGUUUUGAAGAAAACUUGUAAAAAUGGCAUUGAUGACAUUUAUGAUCAUUGUGUGUCAAUAGUUUCCAGAUAAUCCUUUCUUUGUUUACAAAUGAGAAGAUGCCUUUUUCAAUUACUAGCCCUGCAAACCCAACCUGAGAUAAGAUUUUAUUUGUUCUUGUUGUUUUGGGGUUGUAAUAUAUUCCUCAGGCCAAAGCUAGUUUCUACUUAAAUCAUUUGAAAAUAAGCUAAUUUAACUUGGAUUGCACAUUGGUUAAAUGAAGGACAUAAUUUAACUUUAUAAUUAUAAUUCAGUGCCUUCGAAGUCCAGAUCGGAAGCCAGCACCAUUAACUGUACUAACUGUGCAGUGCUAGCAGAACCAAAAAUAGCAGCCAAAAUAUUUUUGUCACAGGGGCAAGAAAAUACCAUACUGGACACAUACAAGAAAUAAGAUACACAAAUGAGAAGCUGCUAUUUUUCAUGCACACACACGCACAUUCACUUGCUCACUCUCCACUUCUGCAGAGCAGAAAUAUGCCUGUAUCCGAAAGGCUGUGUUGUGCGUCCGGUCGUUGCUGACUCAGAUACUUUUAUUUUUUUUUUCUUCCUGUGGUUGUAAGCAUAGUUUUGUGUGUGUUAAAUCCAUAUUAGGAUCCAGUUAAACUAUCUUAGUCUGGCAUGGCUAGUCACUUUUCAGAUUCCUGAAUAUUAACAGAAGCUGGAUUUUUGAAAACUGCUACUUUAUAAUAUGAAUGUAAAUGCAAAGCAAAAGAGAAGCUCUUUGCUGACUGACAUAGCAUGCUGUUUCAGAUAUGGGACAGUUUAAUUGUGUGCCUUGGUUACUAAGUUUGAAACUGUACAAAGCUAUUAAUGUUCCAAAGAUUAACUCAUGAGGUUUGUCUGCACUGCAGAAUUUUCUGUAUGUUUUCCUCAUUUUGUGUAAGUGCGAGUACCAGUGUACUCGGGAUUGGAUAUUUUUCAGUCAUGUACUGUGAAAUCAUUUGUUGAACUUGGAAGUGUAACCAACAGCUAGAAAAUGAACAGGAAGUGGGAGUUGUGUAGAAGCACUAAAGGCAUGUAUGCUAAGUUUAUUUAUACUGUUCACUGUGCAAUGGAUAAUAUUUUUUCAGAAUUUCUCACAUAUGCUCAAAAAAGUUGUGCUUACAUUUAUAAAUGGGGUGUUAUUAACUGUAAUACUUUUAAUAUCAUCUUAUACUAUUGUUGCCUUAGCUGACCCUGUGAUUUUAAUAAUUGUGUAUAAACCAGAAUUUUCCAGAUAUAUUCCUAACAGCAAGCAGUCAGAUUCUUUACUUGACGUAUUAAAUAACUGCAUAAAGAAAAAAGUCAAGUCUGUAAUAAGCAAUGGAGUUCAAAAAAAUGUCACCAGUGUUAGUUUUUUGAAGUUUCAUUCUGAGCUGAAACUAAACAUUCUCUGUAAAACAGAUAUGGAAAUAUCUGCAAAAGAAGUAUUUUUUAAUGAAUGAAGAGCUACUUACAAUGUCAAACCCAUUUAUUGAUGCCUUGUGGAAUGCUCCUUGUGACAUGCUCCUUAGGAACAACUAUACCAACACUCGGUUCCAUGUUUAUCUUCACCUGCUCAGAGGAUUAUGUCAGAUGAAGGAAUAAACCAGUAAGGAGCAAAUGAAUCAUAAAAUGGAGACGGCCUUAGCAUUGAAGGAAGGUGGGGUGGGAAAUCGUAUUGUUCUCACUAAGCUCUUCAAAAACUCCUUUAUGCAUCACUGUCAGAUGUAAUAGGUUAUACCAAGAUAUAUUUCUGUUUUGAUUGUCUGGAGGGGAAAAUUUGUUCUGUGUACUUCAGUUCUAUUUUAGAUCAGGAUUUUAAUUAACUGUUGGAAAGUUAGUUUAUUGUAGGGAAUUGGAAAUGUGCAUGGCAUUUAAAGAUAUGCACAGUUCCUUUGCAUGAAUACUUUCAGGCAGUGAACACAAAGAUAUCUCAUGUAAAAAGGAUUUAAGUUUUAAAAAUGUUUGUGUAAGCAGCCCAUUUUCUGUUUUAUUCUUGUUAACAUGAGACACUUUUGACAUCAUGAUAGCUCUUGGAUAAUACUACCUUGAGGCAACAAAAUGUAGUUAGGUGGACAACUGCAUCCUGCAGGCCUAAUGGCUGCAUUUGCAGAAUUGAGGCCAUAGGUACAUGCGUUACUAGUGAGAGCAAAUAUAACCUGUCUGAUGUAUUGACUGAUCCUAUAUGAUCACUUUCUGCAUAAGUAUUAUAACCUAUGGCUGAAAGGAUUGGCUAUAUAACUGCGGUCAGCAUGCACUUCUGAAGCUUACUCAUAUAAAUUAUGCUUUUCUUUAAAUAGAAGUGAGAACUUUACUGCUGAGUUUGGAUUAAACAAAAUGCUUUUAAAAUACCAUUAGUAAUUUGGGGUGGGGGGGUGGGGGGGUAAAAACUAUGUAUUUAUAUGCUGAUACAGAUCAGAAGUGGGGCACUGUUUUCCAAAUGGGUAAACCACUGGUCUAGAAAGCAAAUAUAGCAUAGAAUAUAAAGAAAGGUGUGUGAGAAUAGAAGUCUAUUGACUGAUGUUUGUGACUAGCAAGUGUUUAAAAAGACGGUAAGAAUGUUGAAACUGGGUUUGCUGAUGUCAGCUGCGUGAAACUUUGCAGGCAGCUCGUGUUUUGGUCAUUUGCAAUGAAACUGCAUUUUUGUGGUGGUAUAAGCUUUGUGAUUUUACACUUUUUCACUCUUGAGUAUUAAACAAUCAGAAUCAA